CAAACUGUUUCUCUUUCGAGCGAGAAGGUGUCGUUCUCUGUUAUUCCCAACUCUCCGCUAAUUGAAGUCAUGAACUCUACAGUAAGUGAAGAUACAAUAGACUUGUCAUUCGAGAUUUUCGAUGGAACCGAUGAAAUGCUCCCUCCUACUUCUCCCGUGGUUAUUGUUCACGGUGUCUUCGAUUGUAAAGAAAAUUGGCAGAAAAUAGCAGAAAAUAUUGCAGAUAAAUCCGUAAAAAAGGUAUUCGUGAUAGAUCUGAGAAAUCAUGGCGAUAGUGGAAAAUCUGAAGAUUUCUCUUAUUCUGCAAUGUAUAGGGAUCUGGAAAAGUUCAUUCGAAAGUUAAAAGAACCGGUCAUUUUAAUAGGACACAGUUUAGGAUCAACUGUUACAAUGGGUUUUGCCCUCAAACAGCCCGACAUGGUAAAUAUGUUGAUAUCAGUGGACAUUUCUCCUCUCGACUAUCCAAUGGAUACGGAAACAAGAAUUUUGGGUGCUUUAAUGAAAGUGAAGGAAGCAUUAGGAUCUAUUCCUCGAGGUUAUCUUCUGAGUAAGGCCAAGGAAUUUCUAGAAAAUCAAUUUGAAAAAAAUAAUCUGGUAUUCGCUCUUCGUAAAAUAUUUACAUCAACUCUUAUACAAGAAGGUGAACAUUUUAAAUUUAAAACUAACUUAGAUGCUGUAGAAGAGCAUAUUUGCAAUAGGAAAACCAUCAGGAAGACUUAUCCAUUGUCUGGUUUUUAUAAAAAUCCAGUUUUAAUUGUUUAUGGAGAGAAGUCAAACUAUGUUACAUCCAAAGAUUACAAUGCCGUGAAGACUAUAUUUCCUAACGUAUCAUUAACCAGCAUUAAAAAGUCAAGUCAUUGGAUUCAUAUAGAAGAGCCAGAUGAUUUAUUUGACGCCAUUUUGUCUUUUCUCUCAUCCAAAAACUGAUAUGGACACCAUUUUAUUUU